AUGUUCUCUUCUAGGUUGCGCAAGAAAAAGUGGAGGAGAGAUCAGAUCCAAAAACGAUUGAAAACCAAAAAAAAUGGAAAGAUUUCCUCUUCAUCUUCGCAGACACUGCAUAACUUCUACCUACUGAAACUCUUCUGCCUCAAACCGCCUUCCAUCUCCUCAAUACUCCCUUCAAACCUCCAUCAUCUGAUUGCCAUCACCAUCCAACAAUAUCCUUGUUCUCACCCUCCAGCAAACAACACAAACCUCACAUCUGCUACUCCAAACCAAAAUACAACAUUUUUUCGAUACAUCUCUUUUCGUCUGCCCCUAUUCGCACAACCCAACGAAUUCAUCACCAACAAUCAGUCCAUUUCCACCAACCUUCUACCACUGGUACAACAUCCACAACAUCACUACUCCACCGUCUCCGCGCAGCAAAUAAUAGCAGAGUCAUUGCCCAGCUUCUCCGUCAAACUCAGCACAACUGCUCUGAAAACAACAACAACACGACUGCACUCCUUCAGUCCCAACUUCAAAAUAUUCAGGUAUGAUCUCCACUAUGAGUUCCAUCAGGGAGUUGCGGGCCAUGAUUUGGAAUGUUGUUAUGCGCUGAAGGCUAGAGUGAAAUAG